GAAAGUAUUCGGUGUGGGUUGAAGCAGUGCACCAGUAGGCCACAAAACUUUCACGGAAUCACAACAACGGAGGAUCGUUGGUGUGCACAUAGCGGUUGCUAGGUAACGUCAUGUUGCCGUCAUACCGGAUGUAGGCGGAGCUUAGCGCUAGAAUCCCUUUGAUGCUUUGAUGUCUUACCUGACGUCGCGUUAGAAAAGUCCUUAAAUAGCGGUUAGUUACCCAUUCAGUUCAGUAAGAAGCAUUAAUGUUUCACAGCUGACCGCAUCAGCUAACAGGAAAUAUCAAUACAAAAACAGACAUGAAUCAUUUGAGUGAAUGUAGGGAAACUAUAAAAUCCAAAACAAAACAGAAAAAAACAGAAGAACAGUGGCGUGCACUGGAAACAGGGAGCCCAGGUGAAAACACCAAUCAGGCGCCUGGUGAUGUGACUGUGGAACUACUGUUGGAACAACAGCGGCUCGUUAACGAGCUCAUAAACGCUGUGAUUGUACGCGCCUCAAGAGAGGCAAAGGUGCCGCCGUGUGAUGAGAUUCAGCAGCGACUAUUCAUAUCUCUGUGGGCGAAAAUUAAGGGAAAAGCUAUUAACAUCAAACGACAUACAGUGAAAAGUCUGGAAAAAGCCAUUUUCAAAGAUAUUCAGAAGCAGGGUGUAGCUGUAGGAACCCCAGAGUGCACCAAGAUGCUCCAGUCUUCCAGGUGGAAAGAGUAGUGGAAUAUUUGGUGAACCUGAGCCUGCUGCUCAACCACAGAGACCCAUACCUCCAGGUGGACCAACCAGCAACAUAUUUGGGCCUGCAGUCACUGCACCUGCACAAAGUCCAAGCCAAAGCCACCCAAAUAAGCCAAAGGUGUCAUUAAUGUUGUAUGGAGGACGUAAGGUACACUCCUCUUAAUGAGGUACUGACUCUGGGCUUCGGUGCAAGGUUACAUGCUGCUAGAGUUUCAUGAAAAUGAAAACACUGUCUGUCAGCUAGUAUUGUCCUAAAGCCGACCAGUGCAGGAGGUCCUCUGGUCAUCUGUCACUAACAAAAAGAACAACAACAAGUUGAUGGAAGACGGUGUCAUGCAGUUCUGUCUGUGCAAGCUACGUACCCACCAGUGGUGCUUCCUCUUCUUCAAUGUGCUGCUCUUCCACUGCUUGUUAUUUGGGGCCGAUUUCAUCGAGGAGUACCUGCUGCAGCCCACGCCUGGGGUUUAUGCUGAUGGCACGGUUGUAGGCGUGAGAGAGAAAGCAAGGAAACUGGACCUGAGCAACGCCAAGGAAAAUGUGUCACAGGCUUAUCCUAUCACUAACCCUGAUGCCUGCAGAAACUCUGACCUUUUCCUCCUCACUCUUGUCUUCAGCUCUCCAGAUAAUAUCACCCAAAGAGAUGCGGUUAGGAGGACAUGGGCCAAUCAAACACUGAUCCAAGGGUUUCCAGUGCGGAUACUGUUUAUCAUUGGAUCAACUCAGACUUCUGCUGCACAGGAGGCCCUCGUGAGAGAGUCUGAACGUUAUGGUGAUGUGGUCCAAGGUCAUGCUGCAGCUGACUCAUCCCUCCAUGGCCCAACAGAGAAGACAUUGCUGGCUAUCCGCUGGGUGAUCACCUUCUGCCCUCUGGCACGCUUUGUCCUGUUGACCAAAGAGUCUGUGUUUGUCAACCUUCCUGCCAUUGUAGGCUAUCUGCUUGGCUUACACAGGCACCCUGAGGACCUUUAUCUGGGCAGAGUGAUCCAGAGAGACUCUCCCAACAGGGAUCCCAAUAGUCCUGGCUACCUGCCUCCAUCUCUCUACCCAAACAAAUACCUUCCUGAAUACUGUGAAGGGGCAGCUUACAUUCUGUCCGAGGACGUGGUCCGAAAAGUGUACGUAGCAUCUGCAGAAGUCCGCGCACCUGUGCCAGCUGAUGUUUUUGUGGGACUUUGUGCUAAGAAGGCCGGUGUUGCACCGACACACAGUGCCAGGUUCUCAGGAGGAAAACACAUCCGCUACAAUGCCUGCUGUUACCACUAUAUGUUCAGCUCAGCAGGAAUGGGGAGCCAUGAACUAGACAGAGUGUGGACUGACCUGAGACAGAGGGAUAGAAAAUGUUCGCUGUUGCAGACCUAUUACGGACUGGUGGCCUGCAAAACCCUCACCUAUCUGGAUAAACUGUCCUUCUUCAACUCACAGGAAGGCAAUUAAUUAAUUAUAUGGUUAAUUAUCAGGGAUCGUGAGGUGUGUAUAGUAGUACAGACAACGUGUAAAAUGCAUGUAAAGAAAAACACAGGGUAAAUCUGACUUCUAAUAGGAAAGUGCAUGACUUUUUUUUUCUAUUCACCAUUAGAAUUGCGCACAUGACUGAUUAAAAAAAAUCAAUCUAUGGUAUAUUCUUGUGGAUAGCAAUGCAAGUUUGCAAAAUCCAUCCAUCCAUCCAUUCUCUUCCACUUGAUCUCAAGUCAAAGUAUGUUGGGACUUUUUUCCUAAAGGCUGGAUGAUAGGUAAUGGUGACAGGCGGUUUAAACCAUAAUGAGUUUUGUUAUCCCUGACCUUUUUAAGUUUUUGUGCCUGUUUAGAUAUGUAUCUGGUCAUUAUAAAAGCAUGGUUGUAAAUAUUAAAAGACAUACAUACGAAUCCUUAA